AUGGCGGAGAUUGAUGCCGAGACGCUUAUCAUGUCGAUGAAAAGACGACCCGCGUUGUACAACAGAAAUGAUCCGAAUUACUACAGCCAUAAGAAAUAUAAGGCUAAACUUUGGAUUGAGGUGUGCAAAGAAGUGUUCCUGCAUUUCGACAGCUUGAAGCCACAGAACAAGGUUGAAUACGGUCACGAACUUCAAAGACGUUGGAAGAGUCUCCGAACAUGCUUCACUAGAGAACUUAAUAUGCAGAAGAAAGAGAAGCUUAAGAAAGAACGAAACGAAGGUCCCAUGAAGAAACGAAAGAGAUACGAGUACUUCGACGCGAUGUCAUUUUUGCUAAGUUCUGACAACGGCGAGGAAGAACAAGAUCAGGAAGUAACCAGAGAAUCCGACGAUUCACAUGAAUCAGGGGAUCCCUUGGAGAAUGUCAAGAACGAAACCAUGAUGUACCAUUCCGGAAAUGCAGGAAACAACUCCCACAGCUUUGAAGUAGAGGCUGAUACUGGUCUUUUAAGGCCAAUUUACGAGAACAGGAAUGAGAGUUUAGAAGAUAAAAUCUUGGAUAUGCUAAAGGAGAUUAAGAAGGAUGAAGAAGACGAAGAUAGGCAGUUCAUGUUGUCGCUGGUGCCUAGUUUCAGGAAGCUUAAUGCAAAACAGAAGUUCGAAGCCCGCAUUGAAAUUCUGAGAGUUUUAAAAGAUGUAACUUUCAGAGAAAGUGGAGGGAGUUAG